AUGCCAACCACCACCCCCCAACCCAUCGCCCACUGGCGCUGCUGCCUCUGCCACCACACCGAACACAACGCCAUCACCCGCGACCUCUCCCGCCCCGCGCACACCACCACCACCGGACCACCCUUCCACCCCGCCCGCUGCGCCCUCUGCGCCCAACCCCCCUGCGCGCGCUGCCUCAUCGCCCGCCCCGCCCCGCGCUGGGACGCCUCCUCACACACAUACACCUCGCCUUCCUGCCUGAUCGAAUGGAAUCCGGCGCGCCGCGACGCGUGGGGCUUCGUCUGCAUGCACUGCGGCGUCCCGACGCUCGUGUCGCGCGCGAGAAGGUUCGCGCACGCGGCGGCGAGGACGGCGUGGAGUAGGCCGUCGAGGGGGCAUGAUGAUGGUGAUGAUGAUGGGUGUAUGAUGGUGUUGGGGCCGGGGGCGACGGUGUCGGAGGAGGUGGCGGCGGGGAUGGUUGCGAGGGGUGGCCGAGGGGAUGAUGGGCGGCCGUACGAGGGGUUUGAGAUGGAGUUUUUGCCGUUUCAGCGGAGGAGGAAGGUGGGGGUGGGGGAGAUGCUGGGGCUGGUGGCGCGGUGUGGGAAUGAGGCGUGUGGGCAGCCGAUGUGCGAUGAGAGUUUGGAGUUUUAUGUGCCGGUGGAUGAUGGGGAGGACGAAGAGGUGAGUCGGUGGGAGCUGGCAGACUGGAUCUGUUCGGCGGCGGAGGGGACGGCGAGGUGGGUGGAUGUGGCGAAGUUGAAGAGGGUCGCGAAGGGUGCUCUGGGUUUGGGGGUGAUUUACUACGUGUUGCUAUGA